UCAAAUUCCCACCUCUGAAAUCUUCUUCUUCUUCAUCAUCUCUCUAAUGGCUGCAGCUGUAGCGGCUAUCUUUACUGCCUCUUCAAUUUCCUUCUACGAAAAACCUUCAACCAUCUCCUCUUCUUGUUUACACUCGCUCGCUACCACCGCCGUAGUCCCCUGCAACCAUCUCACAACCAAAUUAAAAUCCAUUAAAACCCUAAAGCUCAAUCCUACGCGUUACCCUUUUUCUCUCACGUUCCGGGCAUCAGUCGCGUUUGAUAACGUAGAUUCCGUGACCGAUGAUGAUGAUGAUGAUAUAUUCGAUGAUGAUGAAUCAGAUGAAGAAGAAAUUGACGGCGACGAGCAAAAGGAGAGACAAUCUGACGAUUCUUCGAGGAUUUACGUUGGUAAUUUGCCUUAUACCAUGAUUAAUUCUGAUUUGGCUCAAAUUUUUGCUGAAGCGGGUCGUGUAGUUUCUUCUCAGGUUGUUUAUGAUCGUGUUACUGAUAGGAGUAGAGGAUUUGCUUUUGUGAUAAUGGCUAGUGUUGAAGAAGCAAAAGAAGCAAUUAGGAUGUUCAAUGGCUCUCAAAUUGGAGGUAGAAGUAUAAAAGUGAACUUCCCCGAAUCUCCAAGGAGGGGAGUCGGUGAUGAUGAAAGGGAAGUUAUUUCUAAUAUAAGAAACAACAACAACAACUACCAAGGAUUCAUCGAUAGUCCUCACAAGAUCUAUGUAGGAAAUCUCAGCUGGAAUCUCACUUCUCAAGGUCUCAAAGAUGCGUUUGGGGACCAACCAGGCCUGUUGAGCGCAAAAGUUAUCUACGAUAGGGAUGCAGGAAGAUCUAGAGGAUUUGGGUUCGUCACCUUUUCAUCAGCCAAUGAAGCCCAAUCUGCUCUCGAUAAUAUGAAUGGAAUGGAAAUUGAAGGAAGACCUCUUAGAGUAAACAUGGCUGGUGCAGAGAGGAGCAAUUCACCUUAUAUUUCUAAUAGACAAACCAGUUUUGACAGCAGCCAGCUGCUUUCUAGCAUUGGUAACUCUUUAUCUUCUGGCAUAUAGAUAGAUCAAGUAAGUGUAUGGUUUUAAUAUAGAAAUAGUUAAUAUUAUGUUUUUAAAGUAGAGUAUAUUUUGUCGAAUUAUCUAUACAA